AAGCGCCACUGCGCAGGAUAGAUGAGAGAGGGAGGGAGGGAGGGAGGAGAGCGGAGACAGAAGGGAAAGAGAAUCAGAAUCGCCACAUCCCUGCUCGGGGUGAGCAUUUACGCGCGAUCCCGCCGCCCUGCUCUGGACACCGGGACUAAAACCAUCACAACUCCCAAACUCCACCUUUACAGACAACACUUUUUUUUCCCUCUCUCUGUGGCGUGCAUGGAUAGUAGAGAAAAACCCAACUUUUCCGAGCAGAUGCCAUCAGUGCAUCUGUGAAGUUCAGCUUUAGGUGACAGUUACAAAGGGCCUGUGUUGAAGCCUCAAGUCACCGGUGACCCUCUUUGCCAGCUUUAAUGUCAACUCUUUGGCUUGGAAGUGGCAGGAAUUAUCCCGCUUUUAGGCUCCAAUCAGACAAAACGAAGAGCGCCGCGGCAGAAAUGCAGACUCGCCUUUUCCAGGCGUUCUGGUGAAACGCGGGGUCAGGACUGUGUGGAUAAAACCCCUGAGGGUUUUGACAUUUUCAUUUUUUUUGCUCCUCUUCUGGCUCGGCGGCUCGUUUGGACGGAGGCCCAGCGACGAUGGGUCGGCGCUGCUCGGGCGUACGCGGCGCUCUGGCUCUCGUGGCGCUCCUGUUUGUCGCGCAGAGCAGGAGCUGCUGGGGACUGAAUUCCCGCUCGGGGGAUCCGGAGAAGUCCCCUCAGUCUGAUCCAGACCCCUGGGAGGUGCAGCAGAGACACAAACGCAGCUGGGUAUGGAACCAGUUCUUCGUAUUGGAAGAGUACACAGGAAAUGAGCCGCUCUACGUCGGCAAGCUGCACUCCGAUGUGGAUAAAGGCGAUGGCAAGGUCAAGUAUGUGUUGUCCGGAGAGGGCGCCACCUCCAUCUUCACCAUUGACGAGAACACGGGAGACAUUCACGCCACCAAGCGUCUGGACAGAGAGGCCCAGGCCUACUACACUCUGCAAGCCCAAGCUGUGGACCGGUUCACCAAUUUGCCUGUGGAGCCCAAGUCUGAGUUUGUGGUCAAAGUGCAGGACAUCAAUGAUAAUGAGCCCAAGUUUGUUGACGGGCCGUACCUGGCGGGGGUGCCAGAGAUGUCGCCCUUAGGAACCAUGGUGGUGCAAGUGGAAGCCACAGAUGCAGAUGACCCGACGUACGGCAACAGCGCCCGGGUGGUCUACAGCAUCGUCCACGGACAGCCGUACUUCUCAGUGGAGCCCAAAACCGGCGUCAUCAGAACUGCUCUGCCCAACAUGGACCGAGAGACCAGGGACCAGUACGUGUUGGUCAUUCAGGCCAAAGACAUGGUCGGCCAAAUGGGAGGUCUGUCCGGCACCACCACCGUCACCGUGACGCUCACCGACGUGAACGACAACCCGCCACGUUUCACCCGCGACAGCUAUCAGUACACAGUUCUGGAGUCGCUGCCGUUGCAGUCCGUGGUGGCCAGAAUCAAAGCAGCAGAUGCUGAUAUAGGCUCCAACGCCGAGAUCGACUACAGGAUCAUGGACGGCGACGGGCCCGGCAUGUUCAACAUAACAACAGAUGAGGACACACAAGAGGGGGUCAUUAUCCUCCAAAAGCCGCUGGACUUUGAGACAAGAAGCAGCUUCGCUUUGAGAAUCGAAGCCACAAACAGGAAUAUCGACUCCAACUUUUUGAGUUUGGGUCCUUUUAGUGACACAACGUCAGUCAAGGUGACAGUGGAAGAUGUGAACGAGCCACCCAUCUUUUCCACAACGCUGAGCCAGAUGGUCGUAUCAGAGGACGCCAGAACGGGCACCUCCAUAGGAAGAGUCUCAGCUCACGAUCCAGAUACCUCCAACAGUGCAAUCAGGUACUCCAUUGACAGGAACACAGAUUUGGAGCGCUUCUUCAAUGUUGACGCCUUAAGUGGAGUCAUCAGCACAGCCAAACCUUUGGACCGCGAAGCAAACUCCGUCCAUAACCUCACCAUCUUUGCCAUUGAAAGCCAGGAUCCGAUGCAGAUCGGGAAAGGCGUCGCUCUGGUCACGGUGCUGGACAUAAAUGAUAACGCUCCGGUUUUUGCCAUGGACUAUGAAACUCUCCUGUGUGAAAACGCCCUGGCGGGACAGAUGAUCCAGACCAUCAGUGCGGUGGAUAAAGAUGAACCUCCCAGCGGUCAUCGCUUUUACUACGCCCUGGCUGAGCCUGUCGCCACCAACCUCAACUUCACUCUUCGAGAUAACAAAGACAACACGGCGUCCAUACUGACGAAGCGAGGGGGCUUCAGGAGGAGGGAGCAGCCGGUGUAUCGGCUGCCGGUGUUGAUCGUGGACAGCGGCAGCCCGGCGCUGAGCAGCACGAACACGCUGUCGGUGCGCGUGUGCGAGUGCGACUCCGAUGGCGUGGCCUUGUCAUGUGGAGCCGUGGCCUACACGGCGACUGGUCUCAGCACCGGCGCCCUCCUGGCCAUUCUGGGCUGCAUCAUCACACUCCUGGUGAUGGUUCUGCUGAUUGUGACGAUGCGCCGGAGGAAGAAGGAGCCUCUCAUCCUGGAGGAGGAGCGGGACGUCCGAGAGAACAUCGUUCGCUACGACGACGAGGGAGGCGGCGAGGAAGACACGGAGGCCUUCGACAUGGUCACCCUGCGCAACCUCAACGUCAUCAGAGACCCCAACGUGCGGCGGGACGUCACUCCCGACACCCCCACCUUCUUCCACUACCCCUCCGCGUCCCGGCCGGCUUACAAGAACCUCCCGGACAACGUCGUGUUCCGAGAGUUUAUCUGGGAGCGGCUGAAGGACGCCGACGUGGACCCGUCGGCGCCGCCUUACGACUCCCUGCAGACGUACGCCUUUGAGGGCAGCGGCUCGGUGGCCGAGUCGCUCAGCUCGCUGGAGUCGUUAAGUACGGACUCGGAUCAGAACUACGACUACCUCAGCAACUGGGGCCCGCGCUUUAAAAAGCUGGCCGAUCUCUAUGGCAACAGCGAAGGUGCCGGCGUCUUCUCAUAGCCCCUAAACGCGUCCCGUAUCAUCUCUUGGACUUUCCAAACGUUUGAGUAAUUUAUUGUCAGAGAAAAUGUGUCCGCCUCAGCGCACCGAGCGAAAGAUUCACAGACAAGACAAGAGAUUGAAAGAAAAACGCCGCGACUUCAAAGGUCUUGGGUUUGUUUACCUACCGGUUUGGAUUUUCAAAAGUGGCGAGUUUUGACACAGACUUCAAAAGUGGCUCGACUGAGGAGGAAACCUUGUGUGGAAAAGACAUUAAAGGUUUCCGAUUUUGGGUUGAGUCCAAACUCCAGAAUGCAUUACAGGUUGUUUUUUUACGGGAGACACCUGUCCUUUCAUUCCAGAGAUGGGCGCGGGCCCAGCACUCCGCCUUUGAUGCAUUCAAGGAAAACAUUCAAGUUUCUCAUGAAAUGUGGCAGCUGGUCGGCCGGCGGUCACGUGACCGGCGAGAACGGUUUCUAACCUUUGUGUUCUGCUCUUUCUUUCUUUCUUGGGGAUAGAUUUUUCCAUAGACGGACACAGGAAGUGCUCCUAAACAGUUCAGUAUAAUGAAGUAGUUCAAAGGAAGCGAUGAGGACGAUGAAGAGGAAACAAAAACCUUCUGCAGAUGUUGCGAUGUCGUGUGUGUCUCUGUCUGUUUCUUCUGCCACCUUUCUAUUGCCAAGUCCAAUGUAUCAUUUCUCAGCGAUUCUGUCGGGAUUUAGUUGUUCUGCUUUUGUAAGAAGCAAGUGGACCUUAGAACCUUUUUCUACAUUUGAGAGUUGAUGGAUCUGUCCUUAUCGUGCUUGAGGUUCGCUCUACCUAGACUCUAGAAAAUAAAAAAAACCUUUCUGAAGUGACAGUGCUUACUGGGUGAAGUUGCAGUUUGUACGUAAAUACAUUUUGCUUCUAUAGUUUGCAGAACAUUUUUGUCGAUGAACAAUGAAGGGACGACCCAUUUUGACCUGAGGACACACUGUAUGAUAAUCAUAUGUGCCAUUUUUUUCAGCUUAAGGUUAUUAUCCUAGUAUUGGAGGUACAAACGUGCAACCGAUAUGUAUUCUUAUUUAUAAUAAAGAGCCGGAACUGUGGGAAUUCUGUUUUUAUCCGUUUCCUGAAAAUAAAAUUUACAUCCAGUUCCUUAAA